AUGCCACCUAAAAAGAUUAAAAAGAGUCCUAAAACUGCCAAGAGCACCAAAAAUGGAAAGGAAUCCAAACGAUCCAAAAGUAGUAAAAGGGAAAGCUCUCGAGGGGAUCUCAAAACUCCUUGUUCCAAAGUUGAAACAUCUUCGCUUUUAACACUUGUAAUAAAGGAGAAAUACAGAAUAAACAGAGAAUCCUUCCAUAAAGCCGAGAAAGAAAACCAUAUUAAAACAGAGAGUCUAGUCAAUGAUGUUGACAAUCUGGAUGCUAAAUACAAGAAAAUGGAGGAUCAACAAGAUGAGUUUCGACGUGGCCUUAAUAUUGAUCUGGAUCCUGUCAUUAUUUUUCAAAUGGAUACAAUAGAGAAGCUCAAGACUGUUAUAGACAAUGUCAAAAAAGAUAUUGAACUUACCAGACUUAGAAUCAUCGAGUUAACUGAUUUUCAGCUUCAAUCUACCGAGGAGAUUCUUAAUGAAGAAAUCACAACCAUCAAGCUUCAAGCUCAAGCCGCUACUCAGCAACACAAUAACGAAAUACAGGAGUUGUAUAUUCGACACGAAUCAAGCAUUGUUAAUACCGCCAAACGCGCCGAAAGAAUUAUCAAUGCCGUUGAAGGUGUAGCAAGUCAGCACCAGUUGGAUAGAUUACCAGAAUCAGUUAUGGCCGAGGAAAGAUUGAAUCGGCGACUAAAGCAACAUCUUGUGAAAACAAAACAGCAGCAAGUGCAAUUUUCAGAAAUGAUUAAGCAGUUGGAGGAGAAAAAUAUGGCAUUGGUCCAAAAUAUUACAAUGGUGGAUUGGAAUUUCUCUGGUGGCUCUGCACAAGAAUUGGUUGAUAGAUCUAUUCAAGAUGUAAUGCCAGAAACACAGCUUUUACUAGCAACUGAAUCAAAAACAAGUGUGUUGAAAUGGCACGAACAAAUAGAACCUAUAACUUUGCCACCCAUAGUCCAUCCCUACCCAAAUCGCUAUUUGGAGUCGCUCGAUUUAAAAAAUCUAGACAAAUGCAUCAUGGAUAUCAUCAACAUGGAGGUGCAACGUAACAAUUUAAACUCUACAGACAAUAUGGGAGUACGCGGACAUGCAUUUGCACUCAAAAACGUAUCUGCAUUAGACCUCGGUCCAACCAAAUUCUAUCAACUGCCCAAGUGUGUUACAACUAAUACCCAAUAA